UUGGAGGGGCAACCACUGAGGGGCUCACUGGCACUGGUUCUGCUUCCAGGCAGGAGCUAUCCCUACAGGAGAAGCCCAUAUAUGUCUACUAUGACAACUGGUGGUGGGCCUGCCCAUUUGUAACGGUGCAAAUUGUGUUCUCCCUUAAAUGGGAAUGAUUUGGGGCCCGCAUUUUAUUCGGUCAAAACUUUUAAUAAACAUGACCUCCCCGUUUUUUCCAAAAACUAAUAAUGUUGUCCGAGUGAUUAUUAUGAUUAUUGUCAUAUGAUGGAAGUUGGUUGUUGGGGUUUCUGCUUUAGUGACAGGAGACCAAUUACAUGCUACAGACCUUAUAAUUCCACUGUGUUUUGUAGUGCUGUAGAGCAAAGGGGAGGGGGGAGCUAAAGGAGUGUUCUCUUCUUCCCGCCUGUAACAGGAGCCGUUAACCCCUUUGUGUGCUGGAGGGAAUUGGGCCCUUGCUGUCUCCACAGUCCCUCAGUGCUUUCCUUAAUUACUUCAGCGAUGUCCAUUCCCCGCCCAGUACAUCCAGCUGUAACCCGGCUGCCACUUAUUCCCGGGCUGCCGGCAUGUGGCUCAGGGCUGUGCUCCUUCCCAUCCUCAGGGUCUAUUACACAGGCCUGAGAGUCAUCCUCCAGCAAGUGUAUGGCCGCCGCGCAUUCUCCUUGCCAGUGAUCCCAUCACAAAAUGGAAAAGUUGCUAUAGUCACAGGGGGCGCCAAGGGAAUAGGAUACAGCACUGCAAAACAUCUGUCAAGUCUUGGUAUGCAUGUGAUAAUAGCUGGAAAUAAUGAAGCUGAAGGCAGUGAAGCAGUGACACGAAUACAACAAGACACUCACAAUGAGAAAGUGGAAUUUUUAUAUUGUGAUUUGGCUUCCAUGAAGUCCAUCCGGCAGUUCGUCCAGAUUUUCAAAGCGAAGAAUCUUUGCCUUCAUGUUUUAGUGAAUAAUGCUGGAGUAAUGUUGGUACCUGAGCGCAAAACAGCAGAUGGCUUUGAAGAACAUUUUGGCUUAAAUUAUCUGGGGCAUUUCUUACUGACAAACCUUCUACUGAAAACAACGAAAGAAUCAGGCACGGAAAACUUGAAUGCUCGUAUCAUCACAGUCUCAUCUGCUACCCAUUAUGUUGGAGAGCUUAACUUUGAUGAUCUCAACAGCAGCUGUUGCUACUCUCCGCAUGGUGCCUAUGCUCAGAGCAAGCUUGCCCUUGUGAUGUUCACCUAUUAUUUACAACGCCAGCUGUCUGAAGAUGGGUGCUAUGUAACCGCCAAUGUUGUGGAUCCUGGAGUUGUGAACACUGAUCUGUACCGGAAUGUGUGUUGGCCAGGAAGGUUGGUGAAGUGGAUGGCAGCAAGGCUGUUUUUUAAGACUGCAGAGGAAGGAGCAGCUACAUCUAUUUAUGCAUCAGUCGCUCCAGAGCUAGAAGGAAUUGGAGGCUGUUAUUUGUACAAUGGACAAAAAACAAAAUCUGCAGACAUCUCAUACAACGAGGAUCUGCAAAGAAAACUAUGGAAUGAAAGCUGCAAGAUGGUUGGAAUUCCUGGUUCAGCAUGAAGCUUUAAAUGGGUUCCAUCCUGUAGCCGCUGAUUGUGUUCAAUGCCUUCUAACCUUACUCUGCCCCUUGGAGUUCUCUCUAAUGCACCUGAACAACAGGGGAGAAUGAAUUGUAGAUCUGGGGGCACCACUGGGGGCAGAUGCCUUGGAAUACGUGUGUGGAAAAAAUAAAAUAUAUGACCAGCUUUGUAAUAUAAUGUUUAUCUGUGAAGAGUGAAUAAAAUACUUUCAGUCACAAAUAAUA